AAGUAGUUUGACCUUUAAGAUGAACUAGCUGAUUAGACAAACCAUAUCACCCACGCAGGAAGGGUUCCUAUAAAAGCCGAGUGCUGUCAAAUCCUCUUUGACAGACAUCCCAUCAUGAACAUGCUUGUCGUGCCAGCGCUGUUCCUGCUCUCCGGUUCACUCUGUGGUGCCUCAGUGGUGGAUCCUGUUCCCACCUUUGACCACCGAGACCCGGUAACCGGAGAAAUCCUCAAAUGUCCCAAGUGUCCACCAGGCACGUUCAUGUCUGCUCAUUGCACUGCCACCACACCCACACAGUGUCAGCUGUGCAGAGAUGGCCACUUCACCGAUCUGUGGAACUACCUGCCCAGGUGUCUGUACUGCAGCAACAUUUGCACAGGUAACCAGGAGGUGGAAACAGAGUGCUCCCCAACAACCAACAGGAUCUGUCGGUGCAAAGAAGGCUUUUACUCGGCUGAUGACUUCUGUAUCAGGCACACAGAGUGUGGCCCCGGAUACGGGGUUCAAACCAAAGGUACACAGCAGACAAACACUGUUUGUGAAAAGUGUCCAGCGGGAUAUUUCUCCAGCUCAUCUUCUGCGGUGGAUUUGUGUGUAAAACAUCAGGAGUGCUCCAGCGGGCAGAGCGUACUCCUCACUGGCUCAGCCUAUUCUGACACCGUGUGUGGCACCUGUGAGAGUCUUGCAAACGGAGGUGAGACUCUCAGGACAUUCCUCUCAGGAUUCUUCCAUUCACACAGGAUGCGUGUAGGAAAACUCAAGAAAUUUGUUUCCAAAUACAUCCUUACCUCGUUGGAAGAGAGGUGCAGUCUCCCCAAACAGAGAGAGACUCUCAUGGAUCACAUCAUAGACUGGCUGGCAAAGGCUCCAGAGGAAAAGCUGAGGAAGAUUCCCGACAUGUUAAGAGCUUCAGAUCUUACCUCCAUGGCAGAAAAACUAAAGAAGAGACUCCACGAGAUUAAACAGCAGAACCCAAACUGCAGCUUCACAAUAGAUGAAGUAAACAAUGCUCUCUAGUCUGCAGUCCGUUACACAUUGAAAACAUUUUUAUAAGUGUUAUAGGAGGAUAUUUUUACACCAUUCUCCAUUUUAUUGGCGUACAUGCAUGGUAACAAAGGUAGACAAAUGUUAACACAACUAAUAUUAUUUUUAUACAUUGAGGCUUCUGAUAAGAAGACACAUGACUCCAUUACAGAUGAGUUUGGUGAAUUAUUCCUAUGAAAUUAGGGCCACAAUGAACAAGCUAUUAAAUACAUAUAUUCACAUUGCUACAGCUGUUUUUGUAAAUGUUGUACUUAACUCCAUAUUGUUACAAACUUAAGGGUGGAAAA